GCAGAUUACGGCGGCACUCACCGGUCGGGCUUCAUUGGUGGGCGCUGCAGUGAGGGCUGGACGGCGUGCUUUCGGGUGCCGGCAUGGUCGCUGGGAAAUCUGCUGGAGCUCUUGGGGAUUGAGCAGGUGGAUCACUUGAAGUUGAACUGUGAAGGCUGCGAGUAUCGAGUCUUGAGUGACCCGACAGUUCAGCGCUGGAUGUCCCUGAGCCGCGUGAGCCUCAGCGGUGAGCUGCACCAUCCGGAGAGAUUUCCUGACAUUUCCCGUGAGAUGGCCACUGCUGCUAUGGACAUCAUGUGUGAG